ACUUCAAAAUUGCAAUAUUAUAAGUUUAUUUGUUGAUACAUAUCAACUCUGUAAUUUUAAUAAAAACAAGCUAUAAGUGAAGUUUAAAUUUGAUAUCAAAGUGUGGCAGAGGCUUUAUUCAUCUGGCUAUUGGUAAAUUUCAAAAGCCAAUAUGCCGCAAAAUGAAUAUAUUGAGCGGCAUAGAAAGCUAUACGGACGAAGAUUGGAUUAUGAAGAACGUAAAAGAAAAAGAAAAGCUCGAGCUCCUCAUAAGCUUUCACAAAAAGCUCGUAGUUUGAGAGGUAUCAAAGCUAAGAUAUUCAACAAAGAAAGAAGAAAUGAAAAGAUACAAAUGAAAAAGAAGAUUAAAGCUUAUGAAGAAAAGGAUGUUAAAAAGAAAGCAGAACCUACGCCAGAAGGAGCAUUGCCUGUUUAUCUACUUGAUCGUGAUGUCACAUCAAGAGCUAAAGUUCUGUCUAAUAUGAUAAAACAAAAAAGAAAAGAAAAAGCUGGUAAAUGGGAUGUUCCAAUACCUAAAGUUAAAGCACAAUCUGACUCAGAAGUAUUUAAAGUUCUGAAAAGUGGAAAAUCCAAGAGGAAAUCAUGGAAAAGAAUGGUUACUAAAGUCACAUUUGUAGGAGAGAAUUUCACAAGAAAACCACCAAAGUUUGAAAGAUUUAUCAGACCAAUGGGAUUGAGGUUCAAGAAAGUUCAUGUUACACAUCCAGAAUUAAAAGCUACUUUUUAUUUACCAAUUAUUGGUGUUAAAAGAAAUCCAAACUCACCAAUGUAUACCACUUUGGGUGUUAUUACAAAGGGUACAAUAUUAGAAGUUAAUAUUUCAGAAUUAGGUUUAGUUACACAAACUGGUAAAGUUGUUUGGGGUAAAUAUGCUCAAGUUACAAAUAAUCCAGAAAAUGAUGGAUGUAUCAAUGCAGUACUAUUAGUUUAAAAAUAAUUCUACAAAAAAUGUUGUAAAAGUUAUAUUGGAAAAUGUGACUUGUGGUAAUCAAUUUUUCUGAUAAAAUAAACCAUUUAAAUAAAAUAAAACGUUGUAUUUUUUGUUCCUCCAUAGCUUCUUUUUUCUUAAUUGAAAUAGAAU